ACACUUCUCCGAGGAGGUUUCAGUAGUACAUCGAACACCGUUCUGCGAAUAUCACACGUCCUGAGCAAAAUGAGGAACUUCCUGUGGGUCCUAUUGUUGGGACUCUCCGCGCUGGCGGCUGCGCAGGAUGCUAAUCGGAAGACCUCGACCUCCACAGUUAUACACUUGAUAACUCAGCCUUACAACCGAGUGAAGCAUCGUGGAGCGGAACAAGAGUAUCUUGCUGCCAUUGCCCAACUGGCUGAGGUCUCCCCUGAAGCCCAGAGUGAACCGGAACAGUCUCCAGUGGAAGACAAAGCUGCACAGGGAAUCCUUGAAGCUGUAUCUGCUGUGUCUUUCAAUUCAGCGGAUGAAGCACCACCAACUGAAACGAGCGAGGCUGUUUCAACCGACGACUCUGCUGCCGUUGAGGCGGGUGAGGCGGCAGAAGCAAAUGUAACAGAGGCCACUGUUCCUGUGACCACAGUAGUCGAAGAAGUCACAGAAGUGGUGUUAUCCAAGAAGGAGCAGAAGGCUGUCAAUAAGUACAAUGAAGCCACAGACAAACUUCUCGUUGUCCUGGCGAAGAAGAUGCAAACCAUUGACUCUUUCCCCAUCCAGGUGGAUGAAGCUGCCCUCCUAGCCCUCGACCAAGCGAGUACCGUUGAAACCGACGAAACUCAACAGCAAGGAGGCAACACCAGAAACAACAACAAAAACGGGAACAAAAACAAAAGAAAGAACAAGAAGAACAAGAAGAACAAGAAGAGGAACAACAAGAGGAAAAAUCGUGACGGUUUGCAGCUCCGAGAGGAAGACGAGGAGGAGGUGGAGGAGGAGGAGGAGGAGGGCAGAGGCAAGAAUAAGAACUCCAACGAGAACUCUGCCGGGAAGAAGAACAAGAAGAACAAAGACAGAUCCAACGAGAAUGGAAACAACGAUUCGAAUGAAAAGAAGAAGAAGAAGAACAAGAAGGGGAACAAGAACAAGGGAAACAGGAAUAAUAAGAAGAACAAGAAGAACGCAUCUAGGCGUAACAGACAGCCAAAGGCUAUGGACGAUGACGAGGAUGAUGCCCUCGUCUUGAUGGGAAGGAGGAAGGGCGGACAGCCUAUUAACUUGAGGAAGAAGAAUAACAAUAUGCACAACAACAAGCAAAACCAGAGGCAAGGCAACAGAGGCAAGAACAAGAACAAGAACAAGAACAAGAACAAGAACAGGAAGAACAAGAACAAAGGUCGCAGCGAGGCCGAGGCUAGAGAAGAUGUGGGUCCAGUCCUGCCAACCAACGAGGAGCGCAGUUCCAGCAACGGCCGCCUGACCGGUCUCAGCAAUCUGGUCAGGGAUGGUGACGUCACUGUGGAUCUUGAUGGCAAGAAGCACAAGAUCUACGCUCAUGUGACCGUGGGACCUUUGAAGGUCAACCUCAAAGACAAGAGUCGAACACUGAAACGAGCCGAAGUCACCACGAACCUCGAUGCUGUCAUCAAGCUGAAGGUUAAGACUGUCGCCCGACGAUCCAAAAUCAGCGUAGGCGAUGUUCAGGUCACGGAACUCACCCCAGAGGAGGUCGUUGUGAUUCGCAGUGACCUUGAUCUGCAGCCUGAUGUCAUCACUUCAGCUCAGGAGAAGAUCAUCAGUGCCAUCGACACAGAAAGGCUCGGCCGUGUUCUCAAGGCGCAGCUCGAAGAAAUCCUGGACCAGGACGACAUCCUAGAGAACUUGGAGAACCACCCUCUCCUCAUAAAUUAAGCCGGAAGGAAGAAAGGAUAAAGAAAUGGGACAGAAAAUAGUACCUGGCAACUUUGGCACCAAAGGCUAAGACGCACGUGGUUAUUCUGCAGCCACUCUCUUGGUCAUGACGUCAUUUCCAUCUGCCCUCUUGAAAACAAAGGUUCUUAUUGUGUACCAUUAGAAAGAAGUCCAAAAAGUAAGAUAUAAAAUGCAAAUUCUGUUUGAAGAGGACUUCAUCCAUAAGAAUCUAUGUUUUCGCGGAAACUGAUUUACGUAAUUGGUUAGAUGAUUAUCUAUAUAUCAGGACGCAGCCCACAAUAAUAAUAGAACGAUAACCACUGAGGUUAUUCAUUGUAUAUCAGGUUUUAGUUUAAGUCCCUGGCUUUUCUGAGCCGUUAUCAACGCUUUUGGUUUUAUCAUAUCUGUAAAUAAGGCGUUCACAUGAUAAGUUCAGAAAGGGCCAGACUAAGAGCUAUCAUGAGUGGGCAUGACACAAUGACUGACUGACUGACAAGUGACAUUUUUUUUUUUUUUUAGCAAACGCACUCAUAAGCAAAUACUAUGCAGAGAUGCAGAUACCAAAAAUAUAGAAACCACCUAACCAGCCCACAAGGUCUGGCCCAGCUGAACUCGCUACAGAUAUGGAUUCGUUCUGUUAGGCUAGAUUAGAGCUCAAUUCACGUUCUCAUUAGUUCUUAAAUACCAUUUCCCUCAUAAACGAAGUCAGCAUUCCGUUUUUCACCCGCCAGGAUCUAGAAUGUCUUUUCUACAGGCAAAAUUUUGGGAGUGCAUAAUGUUUUCUCCAAGCAUGGGAAUUCAUAUCGAAUCCUGCUACACAAGGUGCACAAUCCCUCUUCCUUUCACAGUGGGAGCAUUCUCCUACAACUAUAGGAUUUGUCAUGCACCCAGUCACAAUAGGCGCAGGUGAUACAGAUUCUGUAUUCUGUAACCAUUGGAAUGCAUAAACCUCCUACUGCUUUACGAAUCCUCCAUCAUCACCUGCUUUCACCAUUAAUCCUCAGCAUAUCAUUAUUUAUAACGUCAUCACAUCACCUCUCUUUCCAUCAUUAUCCUUUACUUAUCCGUUUAAAUUAUUAUUCAUUUUGAUGUGCACACUGAAACAGUAUUCCUGUUUCUUGCCAACGUGCGUUAGUUAUUGUUAAUUAUUGUUUUCUUAAUUUAUUUCAAUACUACUAAGUUUGUUCACGUUUGUACGAUGACAAUAAAAUCUAAAAAUAUG